UGAUUUGGAGACAUCUCAGUAUCGAAAGUCGAUUUUAGCGCCAAAAGUAUCUGUGCAUUUAUGAUAUUCCUCCAGGUGCGUAGCUCUACCUGAGAGCAGAAGAUCGAUAGCAUUGAGUAUUUACAUAACAAGCGCACGGAGACCGAUAUUGAGUUCAACGGUAGUGACCCUCUUCUACGACAUUAGGCGGUAUAGGAAGCUCUAUUAAGGUAGAGACUAUGGAUUACUCAAUGUCGUACGUGUAAUUCUAAACCUCCCGUGUGUUUUGUAUAUGUCUUGGCGGCGCGUGGUUUUUAUGAAGUAUGCAGACGUUUAUAGAAUUAUCCGAUGUGAAAUGUAAUAAUUUAUUCGAACAACCUUCCCUGCUAUAGCCGCAACGAGAUGGACUGAUAUUUGUUUGUUUUCGUGUUCUCGUGUGAAUGUUUACUGACAUCAUUUUAAAACAGGUGCGCUGACCAGCCCGGCUUAAAAGUACAAUAGAUUUAAUCACUUUACUCGUUCAAAAGAAGAAAAAAAGAGAUAUAAUGGGGACUUCAAUACACGCUGUAGAUGACACACUGUGAUAAUUUUUCAACUCAAAGCAGAUAGGCCUUGUUAAGUAUUGACAACUGUGCAGAUCGGAUCGCUGCCCCGCUAUGGAGGAUCUCUCGUCAGCAUUGAAAUAAUUGUGUUUCGGCUUUUUGUUGUUUUUCAUCAGAUAUCGGAACCCAAUUAACAAACGCAGGCGCCGAUCGCCGAAAUUAGUACAACCAACCUUCCGUUUUGGUCAGUACGAAGCAGUUUAUAUACAGUCAGUGUGGGGAUCUCCCCUCGCGGUGAAUAUGCGCCUGUCACAAGGGAUUUUUAUUUCGAGACAGAUGUGAUAUAUUUCGUUGAAAAAAAAAUCUUCCAUCAUCACUGACCAACUAUGGGAGGUAACUUGAGUUGUACUUCGACAAAACGAGGAUUGAAAGACCCAGAUCUUCAGCCAUACGGGGUCAAAGAAACUGAAGGGGACCUAGAUAUAAAGACAGCUAACUGCGAUGAAGAGGCAUCGAGCUGGAAAUUUUGGCAAAAAAUUCACUUACGCCGGGGAGAUCAGAAACAAAAAGAGCUUGAAAGACUAAGAUCAGACCUAGAAAACGGCAACAUCCCUAUUGCGGACGUAUCUGAGAUUGAAACCGAGACUGGAAAGGCACAGAGAAGCCACAGUUUGAGACCGCCACCAAAACCACCAAGGAUGUUUCUGUUCCGUUCGUCGUCUAUCAGCACACCGCGGAACUCCGCUGUUAUAAAUCCAGGAUCGGACCGGAACUCCUUUAUAAUGUCACAAGCGUACCAGAACUCUCGAUCACGCGACAACACAAAUAUUCCGACAGCUCACGUUGCUCCCGUACGCAAGGAAGUUCCACCGGAGACCACAGACAAUAAUAACGAUAUUUUGGAGAAAAAGGAGAAGAUUAUUCAAAAUACAGAUGAAGUCAAGCCGAUAAUUGCGAGACCUGUGAGAGGGGAGCAACCUAAUCGCAUCAAAAUAGUCACCCCAGACCUUACGCCGCGGAGGAAUUUCAGUCGCCAAAGACGCUCUUCGGAAAUAGUUCCACAGGAAGAGAGACAUAAGCUGAUAAUCCAAAGUUCUUUAGAACUGUUAUGCCAAAAGUUCGACCCGUUUACAAUUAUGAAUGAUCUGAAAGAGAAAAAUGUGGUCAGUGAGGAAGACGUUCAGGCAUUCCAAGAGCAUCCGGAUCGCCGACUUGUGUGUGAAAGCAUUCUUCAUAAUCUGCUAGAGGGACCAUAUUCAAAGUUUUUCAUUUUCUGUGAUAUCCUUCGACACAAUAACGACUACAACUGUCUUGCUUUAAUCAUGGACGUCAUGAAGGAUACAUAUGACGUCGUUUACAAUAUUCCCGCCAUAGCUAGCGAAGAAAUUCCCGUAAUGGAGGAAGAAAAGGCGGUCACAUUUGAAAUAGGAUAUUUCAACGCAGAAACGGGCGUUAUGAAACCGGUCGUGGAACUCGAAAAAACAAGGGACUCCAGUAAGCGAUUCUCAAGGGAUUCUCUUUUCUUCAAAAGAGCGUCACGUUUGUCGUACAUGUCGGUCUCAAGCGACGGGGGUCGAAGUAGCGACGACUCUGUUCUGAUAAAUCACGGAACCCCGGUGAUAAACAUUUGUAUUUCCGGACAUUCCCUUCACGAAGAUCGCGCCAAAGCUCUGUCUAAAGUUGUGAGUAAGUACAACUGUAUCCUUGAGCUGAGGAUUGGGAAAACCCAGUUAAGUGGACGCGACGUCGGCCAUCUGUCCCAUGCUAUCCAAGUCAGUGCGUGUCUGGCUGUUUUGGACCUUAGGCUUAACUCCAUUGGUAACGAGGGCGCGCGGCUUUUAGCAGUCUCUUUGGCCAAGAAUUCUCACAUCCGACAGUUAAACAUUUCUUCGACUGGAAUUGACCACGAAGGUUGCAAGAAUCUAUCAGACGCCCUUAAACUGAACAACACUAUCACUGAGAUCGAUAUGAGUUUUCUUGAGAUAGGAGACAGCGGAUGUAUCUGUCUUGGAAACAUGUUGAAACAGAAUAAAAGCAUCAGUAAAUUGCGCUUGCGAAGUUCGGGUAUUUCCUGGAUCGGUUGUGGUAUUUUGUUCGAGGGUGUACAACAGAGCAGAUCAUUGACUGUUUUGGACUUGAGUAGGAAUUUCAUUGGUGAUAACGGGAUGGAAAUGAUGUGUCGACAUCUGAAUGAAAAAUGCUCGCUUGUUGAGUUAAACUUGGAAAACUGUGGAAUAACGUCUUCGGGGUGUGCAAUGUUGUCGGACGUUGUUUUAUCAAACAAGACACUGACAAAUUUAGAUUUGAGUGUGAAUUUUAUUGCCGACGCGGGAGUUACGAAGUUGUCUGCUGCACUCGAGCGUAAUAAGAGCAUUAAAACUCUUGGUUUGAACAUGUGUGGAAUUACUAAUGAUGGAUUCUCAAAAAUGCUUGAUGUGUUAGAAUGUAAUCCAACAAUGACACUCCUAAAGCUUUGCUAUAACCGACUGGGCAAAGAACACUCAAAUCCUACCGCCACAUCCGAUGACUUGAAAUACAGAGUACGGAUUGUGACGUCAUCAAAUCCAAAACUCAAGAUCCUCCUCUGGGGCAACUCGUUCGAUGACUAAACUUGAAGUUGAAUCUUCAUACACAGAUGGUAUAUUUCAACUCUGUCAACACAAUAUCAUUAAUUUUCAUUUGAAAAUGCAUGCCAUGUAGGAAAACUAAAAUUUGCGUGUAUUUAUGGUUUGUGCCAAACUCAGUUGCUGUUUCAUUUGGCAAAAGAUUGUAAUAAAAGUUCACGGAACUGAAGAUGCAUUCUUAUUAAUGAAUAGUGUUCAUAUUCAUAAAUAUUUCAAUGAAGUCAUUUAAAAGGUUCCAGUAAAUUGUGAUCGACCAAUUAUGGACCAGUGUCGCUGUAUCAGAACAGUCUAGUUGUAGAUAAUUUAUCAUAUGAGCUUCUUAAUUACUUGUUACUUUAUAUUGCUGAUAUGUUGUUAUUUCGUCGUAAAUAAAAUAACGUGAAGUUAA